AGUGAAUAGAUCAAGUUUACGACAAAGCGGUUAUAAAAUUAGUUUUCAUUUACAGCAAAGUUCGCUGAAUUAUACAGCAAAUGUCAUCAGGCGUGUCAGAUCAGAUGAAAGUACCCGGAAACACAGCGAAAAACGAGGAGCGCAGUAUACCAUGGAGUCAGCAAGUGGAUGAAGUCACCUCAUAUGAGAAUUUAACAUCUCCAAUUAAUGAGGAUUCGCCAGCUGCCAAUCAAAGCACUUCAACACAAUUCCAAUAUCCACCUUUCAAUGCUAAAGAGAAUCAAAACUCAUCAUGGAAUAACUACAAGCCACGUAAACCGACUUCUAAUUUUGAUAAUAAGAAAUACAACAAACCUGCAUUCUACAAUAAUUCUAAAAGAGAUGACUACCAAUUAAAUGCAUGGGGUUCCAACAACACGCGUAGAAUAAAUUCUGACAAUGCUCCAGGUAUUUUUAAUAGAGCUAAUCGUUACGAUGAUGGACGAUAUGAAAAUUAUUCAUCGGAAAAACUGGACAACAGACCUAGCACUAAUAGCGCACCCGAAGAGAAGAAAGCGAGCGCACCGCCAGCAGCAUCUGCUCCGAAAAAGACUACAUGGGCAUCAAUUGCCUCGCAACCCGCAAAGCUUACUUCACGAGCGACGCUCACUACUUCCAGUCACAAAAAGAAGGGUCCAGGUAUGCCGCCACCGCCCAUGGUUCCAGGGAAGCACAAUUUGGACGUUAAUACAUGGGAUUUGCCUAAUAAUAAUCCGCCUCCAGUGCCGUCGCCACCGCCACCAAUUGAUUUGGGUUCGACUGAUAUUAAUUCCGACUUCUCGCCUGGAGUUGGCAGUGAUUUUGAUAUAGGAGGAGCUCGCAACGACAGGGGUGGACAUUAUAAAGGACAAGACGUUCUUAAAGACAACGGUGCUAAGUUAAACUAUGCGGGAAAUUUCGGGCGCACACGAGGUUCCCCCAACGGCCACUCUCGUAAAAAUUGGUCCACACAACAUCCUUUAUACCAAGGAACGAGGCAAUCUGGGGGGCCGCCGCCAUCAGGCCCCGUGCGUAGAGGUGAAGGCCCAGCAGGAAGCGGAGGCGGAAGUAAUUCUGGCCAAAGUCGUUACGGUGAACGCAAAAGUCAGUAUACAUCUUCACGACAAGAUCACGAUAGCGGUUCCACUGAGCAUCGUGAAGAUAGCAAUUCCCGAAACAGGGAAGUUAGUACCGAACGCGUUGUUGAAUCCCCGCAAGCGGUUUUGGAUGAGCUACGCGACAAAAACAAUUAUAAUCCGACUGAACUCGAUUUAGAGAAAGCUGCAACAGCCAGGUUUUUCGUAAUAAAAUCAUAUUCGGAAGACGAUAUUCAUCGUAGCAUAAAGUAUGAAAUCUGGUGCUCAACCGAUCACGGUAAUAAACGUUUAGACGAUGCCUUCAAAGAACGCCACAAGGAGGGUGGAAAUAUUUUAUUGUUCUUUUCCGUAAACGGUUCAGGUCACUUUUGCGGCAUGGCACAAAUGAUGACCGCUGUAGACUAUAAUUCUACGUCCAGCGUGUGGGCGCAAGACAAAUGGAAGGGAAAGUUUAAAGUUAAAUGGAUAUAUGUAAAAGAUGUGCCCAAUAACAAACUCCGCCAUAUUGCUUUGCAGAACAACGAGAACAAGCCUGUUACGAAUUCACGUGACACGCAAGAAGUACCUAAUGCCAAGGGUAUUGAGGUGUUACAAAUAUUGCACUCUUAUAAGCACUCCACGUCUAUUUUCGAUGACUUUUAUCACUAUGAAAAGAAACAAGAGGAAGAAGUUUCAUCUAAGAAACCUACCAGCCACGAUGGUCCGCCUCCUGUGGGACGUUACUUCAAUCAGCGCCAAACUGAUGAUCGGGAUCGCGAUCGCGAUCGCGACAGCCGAAGUGGAGGUGGUCAGCGUUAUUUUAGCGGUGGUUCAUCAUUUCGUGAACGCAAUAAUACACAUCGUGGCAAUUUUAAUUCUUAUAAUGAGCAUCGGCGUUUCGAAGGCCCUCGAUCUGGCAGUGGGGGCAACGAUCGAGUUGAUUUUAGAGAUGACGCUGACAGAGAAAACAAUGAAUAUAGCGGCAGUGGAAGUGGCACUAAUAGAUAUGUUUCUAAAUACGAUUACAAUCGGCGUGGGGAUGAUCGAGGAGUACCCAAGCAUAGUAAUCGGGAACGUGACUUUCCGGAAGAGCAUCAAACAAAAAAUGAGCAAUCUUCGCGACUCCGCUCCGGACCAAGAGAAAUACAACAGCAAAAAGACAACGAAUAUCCAAAUACGGAACGAAUCCGGGAUUCUGACUACUGAUCAGUAUAAUCGAUCGGCAAAGUUUUUAAUUUAAUUGAGGAAGAUAUAAGCGGAGAUAAAUGCAAAUGUUAUUACUGACAUUCGAAACCACUAAAAACAUACAAACACAUUUACAUUCACGCACGCACACCUACCCAUACCCAUACAAACGCAAAUACACAUGCAUCAGUUUACACUUACGCCCCAGGUGAAAUUGAGCAAUCAAAUCGAUGAAUGCAUUUGUGCUGCUGUUAAUAUAUCUUUUUUAUAAUUUUUUAUUUUUCUUAAUUUUAGUUUAAAGAUCAAUUAAUAUAUAUAUAUAUAUGUA